GUUCUAGGCCUAGUAUUACGAACUGGUACCGUACAGUAGCUGAGUCCAUUGCUGACAAGACAAGGUUGUUGAGAGUUGCACUGACCCAAGACUUCAUCAUUUAUGCCUCAUGGAAGUACAAGAAUUAUCAAUACCUCAGAAUUCUGCUGGUGGAAACGAUAGGGUGAAGUUCACUGUUGGAGAAAUUCCAAAUGAUGCAACAUCCCAGGCAAAUGCAAACAAUGGACUCAGCACUUCGCCAUCCACUGUCUCAAGCCUGUCUCGCUGGGAAGCCAUGGAGAUCAAACCAAAGGUUGUCGUCGGGAUCUGCUGCAUGGGGAAGAAAGCCAGCUCAAGACCGAUGCGGGAGAUCCUCCAUAGACUCGAAAAAUUUGAGUACAUAUCCUUAGACAUUUUUGAUGAAGAUAUGAUCUUGAAUGAUCCUGUGGAGAGCUGGCCAGUUUGCGAUGCCCUCAUCUCAUUCUUCUCUACAGGCUUUCCGUUACACAAGGCCAUUGAUUACGCCAAACUCCGCAAGCCAUUGGUCAUCAAUGAUCUGGAAGCGCAGUACAACCUACAUGAUAGGAGGAAAGUAUUUGAGAUUCUCUCUCAGGAGGACAUACCAGUUCCUAGGCAUGGUAUCCAUGAUAGAGAUUGUGACCCAGAUGAUUUCUUCCUUAUUGAGAAUGAUGAUGACUUGGAGAUUAAUGAUGUCAUCUUCCGCAAGCCAUUUGUCGAAAAGCCUGUAUCGGCUGAGGAUCAUAAUGUUUAUAUUUACUAUCCAUCAUCAGCUGGGGGUGGUAGUCAAAGGCUCUUCAGAAAGAUGCGCAAUCGGAGCAGCAUCUAUUCACCAGAGAGCCGCAUUAGAAGGGCUGGCUCUUAUAUGUACGAAGAAUUCAUGCCUACUGAUGGCACUGAUGUGAAGGUAUACACAGUAGGACCAGACUACGCCCAUGCGGAAGCCAGGAAAUCACCUGCCCUAGAUGGUAAAGUAGAGAGAGACAGUCAGGGUAAGGAAGUCCGUUAUCCAGUCAUACUGACCAACACAGAGAAGAUGAUUGCAAGGAAAGUCUGUCUGGCAUUCAAGCAAACAGUAUGUGGUUUUGACCUGCUGAGGGCCAGUGGACGAUCCUAUGUAUGUGAUGUAAAUGGAUUCAGCUUUGUCAAGAACUCAAAAAAGUAUUACGAUGACUGUGCAAAAAUCCUUGGGAACAUGAUCAUGAGAGAGUUGGCUCCCAAAUAUAACAUCCCUUGGCAGAUGUUCACCUUAGAUGAAGAGAUACCAUACAUGCCUACCACUUCAGGAACUAUGAUGGAGCUUCGAUGUGUGAUUGCUGUUAUCAGGCAUGGAGAUAGAACACCAAAACAGAAAAUGAAAAUGGAGGUCAAGCAUCCAAAAUUCUUUCGCCUCUUUGAGAAAUAUGGUGGGCGCUCUAAGGGUAAGGUCAAACUGAAAAGACCUGAACAGCUGCAGAAGAUUCUGGAUGUGGCAAGAUAUCUCCUUGGAGAGCUCAAGUGGCAGAAGCACAGGAGUCAGCCUGAGAUUGAAGAGAGGGAGUCUAAGCUAGAGCAGUUGAAGGCAGUCCUAGAGAUGUAUGGCCAUUUCUCGGGGAUCAAUCGCAAGGUCCAGCUCAAGUACCUUCCAAAGGGCAUUCUCAAGCACUCCAGCAGCGAAGAAGCUUCUCACUCAGGUUCCGGAGAAUGGCCAGAUUCAAAAGGGGAACCCUCCCUAUUGCUGAUAUUGAAAUGGGGUGGAGAGCUAACUCCAGCAGGUCGUGUUCAGGCGGAGGAAUUAGGCCGUGCGUUCAGAUGCAUCUAUCCUGGAGGACAAGGCGACUAUGCUGGUUUCCCUGGUUGUGGUCUUCUUCGUCUCCAUAGCACCUAUCGUCAUGACCUCAAGAUUUAUGCAUCGGAUGAGGGGCGUGUCCAGAUGACCGCUGCUGCUUUUACAAAGGGAAUGUUGGCUUUGGAGGGAGAGCUGACUCCUAUCCUGGUUCAGAUGGUUAAGAGUGCUAAUACAUCGGGUCUCCUGGACCAUGAGAAGGAAUCAGUUACCAUCCAAGGAAGACUAGAUCACUGUUCAAGUACAAGGAUGGACACUGCAACACAGCAUGCAAAGAAUGAAACUUCAUUGUGGAGGACCACAAUUGACAUGGUGAAAGAAAGACUUUGUGAAAGUUUCAGUAAAGACCGAAAUUUUGGUCCAAAGGACUUCAGUGAGCUUGCUCCUACUGGAAGUAAGUCUUUACUAGACUCAUUGAGUUACAUCAAGAAUCCUGUACGUAUGUGUGAGAAGGUUCAUAGGGUCAUCAAGAACCACACCAAGAUGAUCAAAGACACCAUGGAAAACCCUGAAAACAAAGACUUGAUGUUAUAUCAUCACGAGACCUUGGAGCUGAUGCUGAGACGGUGGGUAAAACUGGAGAAAGAUUUCAAGCUUAAGACUGGCCGCUUUGAUAUCACCAAGGUGCCUGACAUCUAUGAUUGCAUCAAGUAUGAUAUGCAGCAUAACUUCAUCCUUAAAACACUUGGAUUCACCCACAUGGAUGAUCUCUACAACUCAGCAGAAAUGUUAGCUGAUUUUGUGAUACCACAGGAGUAUGGCAUAACAACCAGUGAGAAGCUGGAGAUUGGGAAGGGUAUCUGUACCCCUCUACUGAAGAAGAUCCGCUCGGACCUUCACCGCAUCAAUAGCAAUGAAGAAACUACCUACCGCCUCAAUCCUCUCUACUCUAAGGGUGUGAUGUCACCUGAUAGGCAAGUCCGCACCAGACUAUACUUCACCAGUGAGAGCCAUAUUCACUCCCUUCUAUCGUGUCUCCGCUAUGGUGGACUUUGUGAUGAAUCUGACCCUAACUGGCAGAACUCUUGUGAGUACCUUGGUGGGAUCCGAGAGCUCAACUACAUGACCCAAAUAGUCUUAAUGCUGUAUGAAGAUCCUAGCAAGGAUCCCUUUUCUGAUGAUCGGUUCCGGGUGGAGAUUCACUUUAGUCCUGGAGCCAAAGACUGUGAGGAUGAUGAGAACAAUCCAGGAUGCUGCCCAUUUAGAUCUGUCCAUAACUCGGGAAAUGCUUCACCCUAUGAAAACAACUCUGAUGAAGAUGAACCUUCAAGCUGCAUUGAUUCAUCGGAAGACGAUUGCUUUGAUCAUAAAUCAAAGAAAGGUGAAGGAAAGGACAAGGUCACUACUCUUAUCAAGGUCCCAGGCAAAGAUAAAAAGAUUGGUGGAGGGGCUUCUUUAGCGACAGGAGGUACUGUUGGAAAACCCUUUCUUCGACUCCCCCAAAUGACGAUUCCUAAUGAUACUAGAGCAGCUGAUCAGAGCAAGCCAGUUGGAACCCCACCAUUAUCUUUUCUCUCUGCUGGUUUUGACGACUUGGCGGGAGGAAGUGCUAUGACAAGUAAUACAGAUGAUGAUCAUUUGAAAGUAACUAUCCCUGAUCAUCCUAAUCUACCUAAUGUAAGAAGUGCCCCUGAGCUCCAUGAUCCUAAUUGGUAUUUCAAUGAUGAUAUUCUUAUGAGACGAGCUUCAACUUACUCUGCUGCACACCAAGGUCUAGAGCAUCAUAUACAAGUGACAUCGAUAAGACCCCUAGAGACUUUGCAUAACUCGUUAUCUCUCCGUCAAGUUGAUGAAUUUCUGGCACGAAUCACUCGUGAUGGUGCUGACACUCCAGAUUGCCAUACACCUCGCAGCAGCAUGCAUCUCAACACCUACACACCGCAGCGUGUCAAACCACUCUAUCUGUCCAAUCGCGAAUCAGACGGCUCCUCCUACUACAGUCGAUCGGCCAGUAAUCCAUCAUCUAAUGUCUCCAGUGCAUUGCCAUCUCCGACAGAAAAUUCUGGAAAGAACUUUGAUUUCUCACUCUUCCUUGAGAGCAUCAAAUCACAGCGUGUGUGUCGUGAAUCGGAAUCCGGACAGGAAGACUACUUCGCCAGCGAUGAAGGACACCAUGAAGAAAGCACCAAGGACGACAUCCAACUCAUGGCAAUGCCCACCUUGGAUGAUGACCUCAUUCCACCAAUCUCAUGCUGCUGUAAGUCACAAACCUACUCUAGCAGUGGGGCCUCCAACGUCAAAGAGACAACUUCAAAGUGGAAAGGUUCAGAGAUACCAAUCACUCAGAAGUCUGAAGAGGACGAGGGUUCUUCUGUAGAUCCUCAGGAGGAGACGUUGUGCAGUGGAGGUGAUGGGAAUGGAGAAGUUGUCACAGAGGAGGAGGUAUCAACACCAUGUGCUAGUACAUCUAGCAAUGCUAGUCAGCCUGGUACAACAGCAUUUGAGUUCCCUCCAGAGACAUCCAAAGAUCACCAAAGUGAUGACUUGCAAUAGUGUCUUAAGCCAUGUUUUGCUUCCAUCAGAAUAGGUAAUUUUAGAUUUGAUUGUAUGUAUUAAAUAAAGGCUUGAUCAGACAUUCAGCAACAAAGCUCAGCAACAUUUGGUGUACAAAAUUAAAGAAAUCCAACUUACAAGGUGUGCUAAAUGUGCAAAAGGAGAUUUACUCGUAUUGCCUGGAUCCAAUUUAGUGCAAAAUAAUCCAAAUUUGCAAAGACAUAAUUAAGACGUCCUCUGACGAGUGCCAAUUUUAGAUUUCAUGUGUGUUAUUGAGUGUUUACAUAAAAGUUGGCCAAUUUGUCUUGCAAUAUUGUAACAAUGAACAAUUCUUAAAACCAAGAAACGUUAAUCAGAGCUGCCAACUAUUAGGACAAAGGAGUAAUUUUUUAAUGAUUUUCACACCUAAUUGCGCCAUUACACUUUUCAGCGCCAACAGCUAUGUAAAGUACUGUAAUACAGAUGAUACAUUGCGCGGUGGCGAACUCAUCCAACGGCGGCAAAUACUGCUAUUGCAUGCAUUGUGUCGCUUUGUUUACAUUGCUGUGCAUGUGAUGAUUGCCUCGGGCAGCGGCGAAUGUUCGUACCAUAGAUGGCGUGCAUUUCCUAUGGAAAAUUCUUGCAUGAAUCCAUAUCCACUCAUGUCCACAGAAACAGGAAGUUCUCAAUGCAACAAAGAAAUGUAUAAUACUGCACGGCGUGUAAAAACUUACCUUUUUUAUCUCAAAGAAGUUCAUGAUUGUGCACAGCAUAUAUUUAAUUACUCUUUUUGUCUCAUAAUUAUGACUUUUGAGCUUCUGAAUUACUCCUUUUUACUUUCCAAGGUUGGCAGCUCUGGUCAAUUAAGAUACUUUUAUGAGUGCAACUAAUGCAAACUUCUUUUACAGUACACAAGCCUGGUAUUCAUAUAUCCUCUACCUCCCUUAUCUUGUAUCAUUUUACAUUUUGUUUUUCACCACCUAUCCGGCUUAGUCAUAAUCUUGUUGUUUAAUGUAAACAAUUGUGAAGUAUUCAUUUUCAAUACAGAUUGAGAUUUCAGCCACGUUGUGUCUUUCAGAUAGAGAAGGGCAAUGCCAAAGAGUAUGUAUAUCAAACUUGUAUAGGUGGUAUUCUUGAGAAGCCAUGGUUUGGUUAACCUUCACUUAUCUUGGAGCAAAAAUAGUAACUAAGAAUAACAGUAGAUACACCCCUGCAUUCUAAAAUUUAGAGUUUAUCAGAAUACCACACUACAUGUGGGACAUUCCCGGUGGGUGUUUCAUAAAGCUGUCUUUAAGUAACAAGCAUCUUUACAAAUGACUGGUAACCCUUCUUAGGGGAAAAACGCCAAUAGAAAUCCUGCGUGUAUGACUUCAUUCGGAAGUAGCUCAUAACUUGUUAAAAGCUUUCUGAAACACCAACCUGGAAUUAAUUUUCUCUGAUCUUUGCAAUGCUCUCAAAUCAUGAUUUAAAAGUGUUGAAAUUAUUAGGGGUCAGACAUUCAGAAAGUGAAUAACCCCGAUGUUAAAAGUUCAGCCCUCAGGGCACUGUUUCUCAACACAGUCGUAAGUCUUAACUUCUUGACUAGAGUGAGCUACUUGUCUGCAAAACGUUUCACAAAGCCCGCUUUACCCAGAUCAGGGACAACCUGACUAAAUAUUCACAACACCUAAACCUGUCAUAACCUUUUUGUAAUGAUGACAGUGUGAUAUUUCAAAUUGUAAUUUUACGUAAUCAAUUGCAAAAGGUAAAAUUGCAUUGCAAGUAAGUGGGCUAGGUCAUUCAAUAUUGUAAUGCAUGGAAAAUAUGAAAAUUGUUAUAAAAAUGGCACAAAAACAUUUCAAAAUUGUAAAAUGAAUCGAUAAAGAUUCUGCCAUGUCAGGGGACUUGUAUUCUUUAUCAACAGUUUAGUUUUAUUCAGUAGGAUUUGUAUAAUCAUGUUUCAAUUAUGAAAGCUUUAAAUAAUGUUACAUCAAUUCUGAAUGUGUUUAUACAUCAUUCUACAAGAAAAAUAUUUAUGGUUUGCUUCCAUGAACUAUGAAAAUGAUCCCGGGGUACCCACCUAAAUCUCCACACAAGGGUUUUGAGUCAUAAAAUUCAUAAUUUCAUUUUCUCAGCAAUUGAAUGCUCAAGUCUUUGUGGUUGAACUUAUGUAUGAUGAAUAUUUUGCCUCUCCUAUCAUUUUUCAAUCCUAUGAAUUCCAAUUCAUCACUUUUCAUGGUUUUGGGUUAGUGACUAAGGCCAUAUCUCGUCUGCUCUUUCUGCCGAUAGUAUCAUUAUCAAGGGAUUCUAGUUAGGAAGCCUUUCGUGGAACAGGUUUUGGUGCGAACUCCAUGGUUGGAUGAUAAAGAUAUAUUAAUAAGCUACUAUUUGUAAAAAUAUAUGCCUGUUGGUACUCCUGAUUUCAGGUUAUUCUUGAAUUUUUGAAGAAUUUAUCCUGGCUAAGUAAUUGUUACCACGCAGGCACACAUACACUUCAUGCAUACACAAUCAUGUGCAUGGGUUUGAUCAUGGAAUAAAAGAUGUAAUGAACUGCUAAUCAUUGUAAAUAAGAAAAUUAUUCUUUUGGCAGAAAGGGGUGUGUAAAUAUUAUGGCCCUCGUCAUUCAGCUGAGCCCUAACCGAACCAUAUAGAGUUGUGUUUUUUAUGUUAUGUAUCAAUAAUGUAUGCCUAUCUCAGGUAAUAAUAUACAGAUAUUGCCGACCUAGAGUUUGUCCAGACGGGAGUUGAUAUGACCAGGCAAUAUCUAUUAUAUUACAUAGACUAUGUAGAUUCACCAUCAGUCUUCAUUUAUGAAAACUUGAAAUGCUUGCUGCAGCUCUGAUUCGUCUAUAGACGUCAUAAAAAAAAAAAAAAAUAGAAAAAAUACAGCAUCAACGUGUGUAUCAAGUAAAUUGCCUGAUUACACAGCUUUUGACGUAAUGUGACGUCAAAAUUUGGAAUAUAGAAAAUUAGAUCCCUGCAGCGAUGAUCAUAUGAUGGCAUAUUGACUUUACAUACUGAUUCAAAUCUACAUAACCCAUGUAAUACAUCAAAGUGAGUGAUAAAAGCACAAUUUCACUCACCAACUUUUGACAUUGAAUUCAAUUCUCUUCAUUAUUAAUGUAGUUUAACCCUAAAAGGACAGGGGGAGCAUAAUCCCUCAAUGAUUUGAGUGUCACAUGAUUGUGUCACAUGACUUUCCAGAAAAAAUGGCUAAUUUUUAUGUACACAAAUUAUGGAAGGUGAAAACCUAAGAGUAAAAUCAAAUUCUUACUUGACACUAAGUGGAAAAUAAGCAAUUUUUGGCUUGUAGUUUACUUUAAGAUGAAUGUGCCUGCCACAUAUUUCAGCGUGAUUGUGCGAAUGGGAAAUGGGCCAUUAGGCAUCCCCCCAAUACAUCUCAAAUAACCCAGUCCUUUUAGGGUUAAAACCAGAUUUGUUUUAUGCAAUCACAUUUUCUGUAAUUGUGUGUGAAUUCUUCUAAUUAUAUAUUUUCACAAUGACAGAAAUAAUUUUGUUUUGACAGAACAAAAUAUUGAACUUGCCGUUGAAUGUUUUUAAUGUAGAUUGAAGAUGUGCAAAUAAAAAGAA